AUGACAGGGAAGCCUGAGCUAAAGAGUCAGUUGCCAGUGUACCUUCAAGGAUUUCUGAGCCUUCCACUUAGCCCGCCUUGUCUGCAGCUCAUGCUCCUACUGCCGGACCUCUGCAGACUCCCACUACCGCUGCCGGACCUCCGCAGACUCCCUCUCCCGCUGCCGAACCUCCACAGACUCCCGCUCUCACUGCCGGACCACAGCAGACCCCCGUACCCGCUGUCGGACGUCUGCAGACAUCCGCUCCAGCUGCUGCCGGAUAACUGCAGACCCCGGCUGUUCCCCAGCUGCCUCUUGAGGCCCCAGGCCCUGUGCUCCCUUUGCCCCACGAGACCCCAAGCCCCUGUGCUCUCUCUGUCCCUCGAGACCUCAGCCCCUACCCCAGCCCCUGUGAUCUCUUCGCCUCUCCGCCGGCCUCCAGAGUACCGGCCUCCAGAGCCCCGGCCUCCAGAGCCCCAGCCUCCAGAGAGCCGGCCUCCAGAGCGCCGGCCUCCAGAGCGAAUUUAA